CAAGGGGAGUUAAGCUGAUAACAAGUCCCAGCUCAAGAUGACAUCUGAUUUUUGAAUGCAAUCAUAUUUUGGUCUCUUUCUUUGCAUUCAGGAAACUUAGUAUAAAUGCUCUUUGUACUACGACGCGUUAAGAGCUUUUUGUUGUUGCAUGAAGUAUAUUGCAAUAGUAACAAAUUCUUAGGAAAUCCCUACGCGACCACAACCAGUAACAAUCAAGAUGCCAAUUGAUACCCGCGAGCUUAUGGAAGCUAUUGCAAUAAUAGCUGACGAAAGGAAUAUUCAAGUUGCCAUGAAACAGACGGGCAAGGGAACAGCGAUCUGUGCCGCUUGCUGCUUUGCUGGUGGCAUGCUGAUGGGUCCCGUUGGUUUGGCCGUUGGUGGUGCCGCUGGCGGCAUUGCUGCCUACAAAAUGACCAGUGGAACGUUUAAGCCGCUUGGCGAGGUCAUAUUGAACGAUUUGACGGACAGACAACGCGAAAGUCUGGUGCAGCAUGUCACAAAUGCAAUCGCUGAGAUUCACCCUACAGACGUGGUAUUGCUCCUGCCGCUGAUAGCAAAAAAUGCAUCCAUACAACAGGCCAUACUCAACACAAUUAUGUCGUUCGUUAGCAACGAGCUGCGCAUGCAAAUUGUUGACUGAUUGUCUAACCUGGCGCAUAAGGGGUGUGAGUGUGUGAGUUAGCUAUAUAUGAUAUAUAGAUUUAUUAAUAAAUGCCUUAGAUCUACAUAUACAUAUACAUAUACAUAUAUAUAUUAUAGCAGGCUUCUAGUUGAAGAAAAAGAGGCGAGCCGUGAAUAAAGAAAAGUUAGCCGACGUGUUUAAAA